AAGCAAGACAGAGCUUAUAUUGCACUUGUUUGGUUCACUAACCCUCUUUACAAUGGCCAGUGGAAGAGGUAGUUGCAUGAAGGUGUUGUGUUUCUCUCUCUUGAUUGCCUUGUGCUCUACUGCCAUUCAUGGUUCCACAACUCAUGUGGUUGGUGAUUCUAAUGGCUGGGGCUUCUCAGUUUCCUACACUGACUGGGCUGAUGGCAAAGAUUUUGUUGCUGGAGAUACUCUAGUGUUUAACUAUAACCAAGGACAACACAACGUGGUACCAGUAAAUGCAGCAGCUUAUAGGAGUUGCAAGGCCCCAAGUAAUAGCAAACCAGCAACCAGUGGAAAUGACAAAGUCACUUUGAAGAAAGGCCCUAACUAUUUCCUUUGCAGCCUUCCAGGCCAUUGUCAAGCAGGGAUGAAGCUCCUGGCCAAUGCAAGUUAAGAGAGAGAAACCUAUCCCUAAAUAAGUGUCAAUACAAACCAUAUAUAAAUAUAGUGUAUGCUCUAAGUAUUGAGCCUAAGUGGUGAUCUCUAUGUGUAUGUGCACUAAAUAAAUGAUCAAUGGCUUGGAUGACAGUACUUAAUCCUC